CUGUAUAACAAAACUGGAAGUAUAAUGUCGCAAAACAUAUGUUUUGAUAUUGCAAUAUAAGUAAAUUAAUGAUCAUAAUAAAGUUCAGAACAUAAUUUUUUUAGUUUAGAAAUUAUAAACAAACAUGUUAAGUUUAUUGACGAGGUUAAAUUCAAUGGUGAUAGCGAAAAAUGUCAGGCACAUUUGUACAACAAAUUAUAAUUUUCUACAAGUGACCUCGGUUCUUAUGGCUGAGCCUUUAAAAAAGAAAAAGAAGCUAGAUCCUAUGAUUAUAAAGCAGCGGGAAGAGCGAAAAAAGAAAAAACUUGAGAAACAAAUUCGAAGACUAGAAAGGAAUGCAAGGCAAUUAAAGCCUGUUGAUGAACUGGAAGUCCCUCUCGAGUUAUUGGAUGAGAAAAAAAUGAGGGCACGAAUUAUAAAUCCGAUAACUGAAGAAGAAAAAGAUAGACGAAUUUUAUUAGAAAAAAAAUGGGCACGUUAUAAACUUGAGACUAGAGUAUCUGAUUUUAAAUUUAUAGAUUCCCUCCAUGAAAUGCAAGAAUUUGCCUUAGAAGAGCUAAGAAAGGAAUCUGAAGAACUAUACCAAGAGGCAAUCAAACCAGAUUUAUCCUUAGUUCCUUUCUCUUUUACUGGACCAGUAGCAACUCCACCUAUAGACAAUUAUGAUUCACCGGAUGGCGAAUAUAUUGAUGUAACCAAAAAGUGGGAAUAAUGAAAAUUUACAAGACAACAUUGAUAAUUUAAAUGAUCUGAUGCAGAAUAUGUAUAUUUGAAUUAUAAAAAAAAUAUAAAACUUAGAAUACAAGUUACAAUUCACAAAACUUUGUCCC